GCUCCAAGGGCACAACAAGAAACCCCCCAAACGAAAAAAAAACCCCCCCCUUUCGCUUCGUUGCCUCUCGCCUCUCUCGCCGACUGUCCGAGCGCAGGCCUUCAUCUCCAGCUCCGGCUCCAGCUCCCGUUCAUAAGCCCCGGCCGGCCCCCUCGACGUUGGCGAUUCGCCAUGCCAUUGAUGUGAAGCUUAUGCGACUUCGCCCUCAGCCUUGUGCGAACAGCAUCGCCAACGGCAUAACAAGCGCUGUUCUUCGGACUGCCGCCACCCACCGCCGAUUGUACCCUGUGGUGUGGCAGGCCGCGGUCAGGCCGCAAUCGCAAUUGACUGCAGCGCCGACCCUGGCGCGACAAUAUUAUGAGCUGAGCCCCGACUCGCCUGUUUCCGCGUUUUCUGGUCCUUCCGGUGGUAUAUCUGAUACCACCACCACCAUGCCUGAAACCAUGCCCAGCAACAAAAACAAGCGGCCAGCCUCAAGCAGCGCUGCGACAUCAAGUGCCUCCAAGAAGAGAAAGAUGGAAAAUGUUCAGAAAUACUACUCCGUGCAAGCGGGCUUCGUCCCUGGGGUGUACUUGACGUACGCGGAGUGCCAGGCUCAGACGGCUGGAUUCAAGGGCGCUUCAAAUCCUUUCUCUCAAGAGAAGACGCCGAAGCCUUCGCCGCUGGGAAGAAAGUCGCUGUGGCAGAUGAGCCCGAAAAGUUCUACGCGGUUGCCGUUGGCGACCCGACAGGCAUCUUCACAGACUGGUCGGAAGCUCAAAAGGCCAUCACGGGCAUCAAGGGUCCCAAAUACAAGCGUUUCUCAACUAGGGCAGAGGCCGUGGCAUACAUCCGACAAUUUGGCAAUAAGGAGGCGAUAGAGGCAUUGGGAGAGAAGGUGGAGCCUGUGCAGAAGGUGGAGGUUGAAGAACAGCUCUUCACUAUCAAGAAGUUCACUCCCAUCAUUAGGGACAAUGAGAUUGACACUAAGCCUCGAG